UGAAAGCCUGACGUCAUUGCUGUGCGCCUCGUGUUUACAGACAACCGUCAGAAAUUCUGCAGCUGUUUUUAACGCUAUACACGGGAGUGAUAUUUUAUAUUUUAAAACACUGGUAAACGUGGAGCCCGACCAGAGUAAACAACAAGAGCCUUGUAGAGAAAAUCAGCAUUUUUGGAGGCCGAUUUCGUGCAGUGUUUGGUGGAUGUUGUCCAGGUGCUGAUGUGAUUGGAGGAUGUGAACUAAAAAGUUGUCAGAGGUGAAAGUCACCUGCAAAACAAGUGAUUUUAAAGUUACAGUCCGGUUUAACAUGGCAGGUGGAAGCAGUAAGUUGAUGUAAGAAGCUGAGCAUGGAAGAUGAAGAAGAUCUGGAGACACUUGGUGAGCAGCUGUACUCUCUGAUUUACCCCAAACACAAAGAGGAUGCUGGGAAACUCACAGGGAUGUUACUGGAGCUGCCAGGUCCUGUCCUGAGUCAGAUGCUUGAAGAUGAGUCCCUGCUGACAGCAGCCGUGGAAAAAGCCCUCAGAGCCCUGCAGCUGCCACAGGAACCCUGUAAGGUAACAUGUAAGGAUGAAGAUGACGUGUCUGUAUCGUCUGACUCUCUGGGUGAGCAGCUGUUUGAGCUGGUGGACGUCUACAACACUGGACACUCGCAGAAAAUCACAGGAAUGCUGCUGGAACAGCACAAAGAUGCUGUUUUAAACCUCCUUUCAGACCCCAAAGUGCUGGAGGAGCAGGUGACCCUCGCCCUGAAGACGCUAAAGGAGCAGAACGUGGAGGAGACUGAUGUCAGUGACUCAUCUGAGGCUGAUGAUACUGACAAGCUGGGAGAGAAGCUCUUCUUGCUGGUGGAGGAAAUUGAUCCACUUCGUGCAAAUGAUAUCACAGGUAUGUUGCUGGAGAUGGAGCCAGCUGCCCUCCAACAGCUGCUCACUGACCACACAAUGCUGGAAAAUGCUGUUCAGAAAGCACAAGCAGCGCUGGAUACCUAGAACUGAGCUUUCUGUACUCCAAUAACACUUGACACACACACACAAUAAUACAUUAAUGAUUAUUGAUUAACUAAGAUGAUAUAAAACUGGUAAGAGGUGAGAAGUCACUGCAGGAGAUCUUGGUACGACCAGCUACUGAUUUCACAAUCAGCCCUCUUUGUUUUAUACGGACUGUUGAGUGGACUGAGGAGAAUAUGUGAUUGGAGUCUGAAGAGCUUUUUUCCAACUCAGACGAAGUUGCCCGUCUCUGAUAUGGAAGCACUGAUGAUCUUUCUCAGAGAAACAGACUGAUUAUGUGCCAGUGUUUAUUGAAAAAUGAUGAUUUACUGUUAUUGUUUCACCACCAAGAAUUGAACCCAACUGAUACUGGAAUUUGGGACCGGUAUAGAUUUUAGGAGGUAAAAAAUAACAUAUAUCGACUGAUAUUCUUUAGAAGCACUUUACAUAUGUGCUUGAGUUAUACUGAAAAGGAGAAAUGACAGCAUCAUCGUUUGUUAGCUUGCAGUUAAGCUAUUUUAAAAUCUAGUUAUCAACUUACUGUGAGGACUCCACAUCACCGCCUGCUCAGCUGUGAUGCAUGCUCUGCUGCAUGUGCUGCAGUCAGUGCUGAGAGUGUUGUGAUCAGUGGAGUCAGAGCUGCUCUGCUGGACAAACUGUUGUGUUCACUUCAGUGGCUGCAUCUUUCUAAGACUGCAGUUCAAAAGUUGUUUUAAAUGCAGCUAAAAUGUGUCCUUCUACCCCAGGCCUACAAAGGACUUAAUGUUCUUAUCCCAAGAUCCCUUGCAUGCUCCAGUGGAUUUUAGAGACAGUGGAAGACUCUGUCAGCUAUACUUUGACAGCUGAAGAUGACACUUAAAUGCAAGUAUUCCCUCCACUAUAUGAUAAAACUACCAAAAAACAGACCAGUCUAAAUUUCCAGCUCCAUUUUGUAAAAAAAAGGACUUUUGUCCAGAUAUUCACUUAAGCUGAUGUUAACGAGCCACAGGAGCAGCAAAUGCAAAGAUAAUGAAGAGAACAAGUGGUGAUGCAAGUAGGAAAUCUGUCUCACUUAGCAACACUCAGUUUGACAAUCGCACCUUCAAAGGUGAUCAGGCUCUAAACAUGAGAUCAGAACUACUGUCAAAUCAAAUCACUAUUAUAUAUACAGAACAUUUAAAACACCAGACAUUGACCUGAAGUGCUUUCCAAUAGAGAAAUAAGAUUAACGUAACAAACUGACCUAUCACUUGAUGAACUGUUUACAGUGAGCCGUAAGGGAAGAUUUUCUUGUCAGGCUCUACAGGAAAUGCACAUAUAAAUGUUGCCAACCAUCCUGCUGUAUGUUUUUGUUUUUGUGCUGUAGUUGUGGUGUAACUGUAACUUGGAACAGAAAAUACAACAGACUCUACAAAAAGUAAGGACGAUCUGUGGAUGACAUUGUGGUUCACUCUGAGAACAACUAUGGGAUGGAUUGCCCUGAAAUGUACACACAUUCAUGUUGCUCUGAGGAUAAGUGUUGUUGCCGUGAGCUGUGUAUGACUGCUGCUGCUAAAACAGGUAAUUACAUGGUAAUUUGUGAGCCACAGUGCAACUAUUUAACUUGUCAUUGUUUUUCAAACACCUGCACCUUUCACGUCACAGUGUUUUUGUUAUCACCUCCUCCCCUUUAUACCUUACAAUAUUAAAAUUUCAUAUAUUAAAAUUA